GCCGGGCCGGGCGGGGCGGCGGGAUCAGGCGGCUGAGGCCGGUCAGAAUCUCAUUUUCAGCUCCUGUCAAAGCCAGUAGCAGUUGGGAAAGAAAGCUGUGCUCUUUGCAGACCCCUGCAGGUGUUGGCUGACCUUGAAGAACAGGAUGGACCUGGACGUGGUGAACAUGUUUGUGAUCGCAGGCGGGACGCUGGCCAUCCCCAUCUUGGCAUUUGUAGCCUCCUUUCUCCUGUGGCCUUCGGCACUGAUAAGAAUCUAUUAUUGGUACUGGCGGAGGACGUUGGGCAUGCAGGUCCGCUACGUGCACCAUGAAGACUAUCAGUUCUGUUACUCCUUCCGGGGCAGACCGGGGCACAAGCCGUCCAUCCUCAUGCUCCACGGAUUCUCUGCGCACAAGGACAUGUGGCUCAGUGUGGUCAAGUUCCUGCCAAAGAACCUGCACUUGGUCUGCGUGGACAUGCCAGGACACGAGGGCACCACUCGCUCCUCCCUGGAUGACCUGUCCAUAGAUGGGCAAGUCAAGAGGAUACAUCAGUUUGUGGAAUGCCUUAAGCUGAACAAAAAACCCUUCCACCUGAUAGGCACCUCCAUGGGCGGCCACGUGGCUGGAGUGUACGCGGCCUACUACCCAUCGGAUAUCUCCAGCCUGUGUCUCGUGUGCCCUGCUGGUUUGCAGUAUUCAACUGAUAAUCAGUUUGUACAACGACUCAAAGAACUGCAGGACUCGGCCGCCAUGCAGAAGAUUCCCUUGAUCCCGUCUACCCCAGAAGAGAUGAGUGAAAUGCUCCAGCUCUGCUCCUAUGUCCGCUUCAAGGUGCCCCAGCAGAUCCUGCAAGGCCUUGUCGAUGUCCGCAUCCCUCAUAACAACUUCUACAGAAAGUUGUUUUUAGAAAUCGUCAAUGAAAAGUCCAGAUAUUCUCUUCAUCAGAACAUGGACAAGAUCAAGGUCCCGACACAGAUCAUCUGGGGGAAACAGGACCAGGUCCUCGAUGUGUCUGGGGCAGACAUGUUGGCCAAGUCGAUCGCCAACUGCCAAGUGGAGCUUCUAGAAAACUGCGGGCACUCGGUGGUGAUGGAGAGACCCAGGAAGACGGCCAAGCUCAUCAUCGACUUUUUCACUUCUGUGCAUAACGCAGACAACAACAAGAAGCUGGACUGAAGCCCUGGCCUGCAGCCCGCAUCCGGCACUCGGCAUCCACUCCCGUCCCCAGAACCUGACGCGGCCACCACUCUCAGGGAUCCUGCCCCAAAUGCGGUCGGAGCGCCAGUGUCCCUGAGGAAUCCAGUCCCCUUUUCCCAGUAUCCUUGGAUCCACAGAGCUUCAGGGGCCACAAGGAAACUCUCCAAGAUCUUUUUCCCAAAAUGGAAACUAACAUGGAACAAAAUCAGAACACCCAGCCAUGAAGUCUCCUGAGAAUUCUUCAGGUUCGAAGAGGCCAUCUGGGACCAUUGUCAUCCAGGACGUUUUCUUUAGGAGGUUCCUCAUACUGGGACUCGAGAGAGAUUUGUUGCUUCAGAUAUAUUCCCCUGCAUGGUCAGUGGCUUCUGUAGGAGAAUUAGUCCUCAUUCACCGAACCCUCUUGUCUAGGUCUAAGAUAAGGUGUUGCACAGGGGCCCAUCUGUGAAUGUGCCCAUGAGCCACAAGAUCAGGGAGGAAAAUGGCAUGUGCAGAGAGCCACAGCUCCAGCUUGGCCGGCCCUCAGAACUGCCUGAGCAGCAGAACAACAGGUGGGUGGUUUGUUUGGCACCCAUGAGCAGGUAUGCAGGGAGUGAACCCAGAAGAGUCGCAGAAGGAAGAGCACCUGGUAGGGUGGGUUUCUUAGAUAUAAUUUAUUAUUUCCAAAAAUAGGACUAAUAAAGCAAUAAUGUUCUAAACAUCUAUCUAAAUAAUCAGACCCGAGUUCCACCCACAAGCGACUUGUGAGCCUCUUUUCUAUUUUGCUGUGCUACUGAAAACCCUUGGAUGUAAAAUACUAGUUUGUUAAUGAAUUCUGUGAAUUCUGUGAACAGUAACGUGAUUGAAAAUUGAGUCUAAACAGCUGUAAAAGUGACCACAAUGAUGUGAAAUAAAUAAGUCUAGAUCAGCUGCU